CUGCUCUUGAAAUCGAAUCGGUCUUCGAGGUCUUCAGACACUUCAUCCGCGUAUUCGGGCUCGGACACUAUGCAUUCCAUCCAGAGCUCUCUAGACGAUCCCGAGUUGGUCGGAGUUGGGCAUCCGGAGAGCACGGGCGACUCCGAUGAUGAAGACGACGUCGAGCCCCACAUGGAGUGCCUCACUGUCCGUGAUACGUAUCGUGAAUGCUUGGAAAAAGACCCCAACGACCGCAUGGAGGAAGAUAUCGAGACGCUGCUCGAGUUUAUGCAGCAUCUGCCAGCUUUCGCCAAUAUGACGCUGAGUGUCCGACGAGAAUUGUGUGCCGUGAUGGUUUUUGCUGUGGUUGAAAAAGCUGGAACCGUUGUCAUGAACCAUGGCGAAGAGCUCGAUUCGUGGAGUGUCAUUGUGAACGGCAUGGUUGAAGUGGAGCUGCCCGACGGAACGAUACAGGACCUUUAUCUCGGCGACAGUUUCGGCAUAACCCCCACGAUGGAGAAAAUGCAUCACGUUGGCACGAUGCGAACGAAAAUGGAUGACUGCCAGUUCGUUUGCAUUGCUCAAUCGGAGUACUACCGCAUUCUUCACCAAGGGGAGGAGAACACGCGGAAACUUGAGGAGAACGGCCGUGUUGUUCUGGUUACCGAGCAUCGAGUACUCGAUGGCGGAACGAGACGCGGCCACGUAGUUAUCAGAGGCACCCCUGAACGUCUUCUGGCACAAUUACUCGAUGAGAAUCUUCUCGAUCCGGGAUACAUUGAAGACUUCCUUCUCACGCAUCGAACGUUUCUGGAGAGUCCCACCGAGAUCACACGACAGAUGCUCGAUUGGUUCCAAGAUGAAAAGUGGAGGGACCGAGUAAUUCGAGUGGUUCUCCUGUGGGUGAAUAAUCACUUUACCGACUUCGAGACCGAUCCAGAUAUGAUGGAGUUUCUUGAGGAUUUUGAGCAAAGAUUGGAAGAAUGCAAGAAAUUCGCACAAAUGCGUCUUCUGAAUAUUGCUUGCGCAACCAAAGCUCGAACACGCAGCAUCACGCUAGCGAGGCCAAACCGCGAGGAGGCACUCCAAUUUCAGAUCGUCGGAGGAUACGAGACAGGAUUCGACAUAUUCAUUUCAAAAGUGGAGCGAUCUUCAAAGGCUCAAGAAGUCGGACUCAAACGUGGUGACCAAAUUCUCGAGGUCAACGGACAGAGUUUCACCAACAUGUCACACUCGAAAGCCUUGGACUUAUUCAAGAAGAGCACCCAUCUGCAGAUUUCUGUCCGUUCGAACCUUAUGGGUCUGAAAGAAAUGACGACCAACCCUAAUCGAGGAAGCAAGGCUCGGCAGAACAGGAAAUCUCUCAUCUCGGAGCGUUCUCUCUUGAGCGGCAACAACAGCAGCGGUGGCGCGAGCAUCGGGAUCAAUAGCGGGGGGAGUACCAACAAUGUCCGGAAUAACAACAACAACAUUAUUAACAACAAUAAUAGCAGCAGCAACAACAACAUUAUCACCGUCAGCAACAACAACAAUAACAACAGUAAUCACCAGUAUGGCGUGAACGACGUCUACGAUGCUUACGAUAAGUGCGGCAAUCAACAAAACUGUUCAAUGUUGUCAGAGAAAUCCAUCGACUCCAAGUCGUCGAAGAAAGGUUUUAUGACACUGGGUAAUCGUACGAAAUUGAAGAAGACUUUCGCGAAGAUCAUGUCGAAAACUGCCUCCAUGGACACGUCGACUGCCCAUGGGAGCGACGAUUCGCUAUUCGGUGGACUACAAAUCGGCGGGAAGACCGGUCCGUCGAUGUACCACAGUCAUUCGAAUCCAGAUCUUUCGUCGACGCUGUUGUACUACGACGUGACCGAACAGCCGGCGAGGACCCCGGAUUUCCCGGAACACGUUCUGAAAGUAUAUCGGGCCGAUCAGACGUCGAAAUUCCUCGUGAUCCAUAAAGAAACGACUGCUCGGGAGGUCGUCAUGCUGACCCUCCGUGGGUUCGGUAUCACGGAUUCGAGUUCAUUUUACUCGUUGUGUGAAGUCACCGUGGGCGAGGGCGGUCUGGUGAAGCAACGACGACUACCGGACCAGAUGCAGAACCUCUCCGAGAGAAUGGAACUCCGUAGUCGCUACUAUCUCAAGAACAACAAUAGUCAAGAAACUCUGGUGCCAGAUCAUCUAGCGGGCGAGCUGCUUCGCGAGAGCCAUGUCUCGUUCCUACAACUCAACAGCGGCGAAGUCGCUGCUCAAUUGACGCUGAAAGACUUCGAAAUAUUCCAACAGAUAGAGCCUACGGAGUACGUGGACGACCUGUUCCGAGUUUUCCAGAGCCGUUACGGAGCUCCGAUGCUCUCGAAGUUCGCCGACCUGGUGAACAGAGAAAUGUUUUGGGUGGUCACACAGAUCGUCUCUGAGCCGAACGUCGUGAGACGGAUGCGCACAGUGAAGCAAUUCAUAAAACUGGCGAGGUAUUUUCGAGAGUUCAAAAAUUUCAACUCGAUGUUCGCCAUUCUUAGUGGACUCGGCCAUCAGGCGGUUUCUCGACUCAAGAACACGUGGGAUAAAUUGCCAUCGAAAUACCAUAGGAUUUUCCAAGAUCUUCAAGAGUUGAUGGACCCGUCGCGAAACAUGUGCCGCUACAGAACUUUGGUGACGCGACUGCAUCCGCCCCUGAUACCGUUCUACCCAGUUGUGCACAAGGAUUUGUCUUUCAUCCACUUUGGAAACGACACGCUCGUCGAUGGCCUGGUGAACUUCGAGAAGCUCCGCAUGGUUUCGAAAGAAGUUCGCACGCUCAUGAAUAUGUGUUCGCAGCCUUAUGUGUUCCCAUCGCUGGCGUCGUCGUCGUCCAAUAACUUCCUCUCGCAACAGAAAGAAUCCUCCGUCUCGGCUGUGGGACUAGCGAUUUCGUCCCAAGCCGUCGAACUUCCGAAACAUCGACCUGCGCGGAAGAAAUCGUCCGCUGGUCCCAAUCCAAAGAAAAUGUACGAGGAAGCCCAAAUGGUCCGACGAGUGAAAGCCUAUUUCUCCGGCCUGAAGGUCAUCACCGACGAGGAUAAACUCCUCGAACUGAGCACGACUUGUGAGCCACCGGUGGUCGGCCAAAAUAUGUCCAGCACGCCGCAGAGCUCGACGAGCGGCAGCGGAGGAACCUCUUCCGCCGGCGGCGCUGGUGCCGCCCCCCCGACCAUUCGAAAACGGCAUCCCUCGCCAACGCUCAGUACAACGUCGACAACGUCGCUGGCGAGCAGUACCUCCGAGGGAAAGAAGAGUCUCGGACCGAAAUUCGGUACCGAUUCCCCUCAAGCAAUGAGGAAGCUAUUGGCGUUAUCGGAAGGCGUGCCGAAGGUCCGUCCGCAGAGUGGAAGGUCAGGGAGCGGCAUCUCGACGAAUUCCAUUUCACCUAGUCCCUCUUCUAUGCGGAAGGGGAGCACCGAGAGUAAUCUACCUUUUCUCAACCGUGCUCCUUGCGACCCUCUGACGAAAGGCUUACACUUGUCUCCCGAAAGUUCGAGCGUCACAAGUCUUCGGAGAGAUCAUGCGUCAGUUUGUUCAAUGAAUUCGAUCGACAGCGGCAUGGGUCCGAGUUCCUGUUCUUCAACAAACUCUCACAUAGGCAAGGCGCACUUGUUCGAAUAG